CGCGGCCCAGCCCAAGCAUCGGCCCAUUCGCCCCCACACCCGUCACACUCCUCCCCUGCUUCCACCCGCGCCGCAGCGCCGCCAUCCGCGGCGGCGUUCCACCGAGCACCUCGUGCGCGCGCAUGGCCGCCAUGGCCCCGCACCACCUCUCCCGCCCCGCCGCGGCAUCCGGCGCCGUGUCGGGGGCUCUCAACAGGCAUCGCGCCUUCUCAUCCACCUCCUGCUCCCCUCUCCGCCUCCCGCUCCUCCGCGCCGCCGCCACCCAGCCCGCGCGCCUCUCCGCCGCCGCGGUUUCCACCGCCGCCGCCACUAUGGAGGCCGCGCCGAUGGACGCCGUGGCGAAGUGGGGGCUGACCCCGCUCUCCGAGGCCGACCCGGAGGUCUACGACCUCAUCGAGCGCGAGAAGCGGCGGCAGCGCGCGGGCAUCGAGCUCAUCGCCUCCGAGAACUUCACCUCGCUCGCCGUCAUGGAGGCGCUCGGCUCUCCGCUCACCAAUAAGUACUCGGAGGGCAUGCCGGGGGCGCGCUACUACGGCGGCAACGAGGUCAUCGACGAGGUCGAGGAGCUCUGCCGCGCCCGCGCGCUCGCCGCGUUCCACCUCGACCCGGAACGCUGGGGCGUCAACGUGCAGCCUUACUCGGGCUCGCCGGCCAACUUCGCCGCCUACACGGGGCUGCUCCAGCCCCACGACAGGAUCAUGGGGCUCGACCUGCCGUCGGGCGGCCACCUCACCCAUGGGUACUACACGGCGGGCGGCAAGAAGAUCUCCGCCACGUCCAUCUACUUCGAGAGUCUGCCGUACAAGGUCAGCUCCGACAACGGGUACGUCGACUACGACAGGCUGGAGGAGAAGGCCAUGGAUUUCCGCCCCAAGCUCAUUAUAUGCGGUGGGAGCGCGUACCCGCGGGACUGGGAUUACGCCAGGCUCAGGGCUAUUGCAGACAAGUGUGGCGCCAUGUUGCUAUGCGACAUGGCUCAUAUCAGUGGUCUUGUCGCCGCGCAGGAGGCUUUGAAUCCCUUUGAGUACUCUGAUGUGGUUACCACAACCACCCACAAGAGUCUUCGAGGGCCAAGGUCGGGUAUGAUCUUCUUCAGGAAGGGCCCAAAGCCUCCAAAAAAAGGCCAGCCUGAGGGUGCUCUGUAUGACUAUGAGGACAAGAUCAACUUUGCAGUAUUCCCUUCGCUCCAGGGGGGGCCUCACAAUCACCAGAUUGCUGCGCUGGCUGUUGCCUUGAAGCAGGCUAUGUCACCUGGAUUCAAGGCCUAUAUCAAGCAGGUUAAGGCAAAUGCGGUUGCCCUUGGAAACCAUUUGAUGAGCAAGGGCUACAAGUUGGUUACUGAUGGAACAGAGAACCACCUUGUUCUCUGGGAUCUCCGUCCUCUUGGCUUGACUGGUAAUAAAGUUGAGUUGCUCUGCGACCUAUGCAGCAUUACACUGAACAAAAAUGCCGUCUUCGGUGACAGUAGUGCAUUGUCACCUGGCGGUGUGCGCAUUGGUACACCUGCAAUGACCUCCAGGGGUUUGGUUGAGGAUGACUUUGUGCAGAUUGCCGAGUACCUUCACCAGGCUGUGACCAUCUGCUUGAAGGUCCAGGAGGAGCAUGGCAAGAUUCUCAAGGACUUCAAGAAGGGCUUGGUGAACAACCAGGACAUCGAAAACCUAAAGGCGGAGGUUGAGAAGUUCGCCACAUCGUUUGAGAUGCCUGGCUUCAGGGUGUCAGACAUGAAGUACAAGGAUUAGAUAUUUAGAUCACGACGUCGGUGCAAACCCCUACUGCCGUGGAACAUGUCUGCCACCUUGAGAGGUGGUAUCUGAAUUUGGCGUAACUAGAGCCAGUAACUGCUCUACAUAGCGCCGCCCUUUCUGUUGGUGUGCUACUCCAUCGGUCCAUUUUGUUGGAACUGUUAAAGUGUAUGAUUAGAGAAUAAUAAUGGUGGAGAGCAUGCUUGACAUGGGUUAUGAUCGCUCA